AUGACGGAUGAAACUAAAAUUGGGAAGGAAGAAUUACGGGUGUGGAUAGAGGAUACAUUGAAAAGAAAAGAUUUUUCCUUUAGUUGUUUGAAAGACGGUGAUAUAUAUUUAGAACUAUUUGAAUAUAUAUGGCCAAAAGUGAUGAAAAAAUAUAAAGGAAGUAUUAUAAUGUAUCCAUCAAGUGAUAAUGAAAGAAAAGAAAAUUGGAAAGUGAUAAAAAAUGUAUUAAAAAGUGUACAUAUUGAAGAAGAUUUUAUAAAAUAUAAUGAUAUUAUUGAAAACAAUUUUAAAGGAUGCUAUGAAUCAUUAAUUAUUUUAUAUUUUUUAUAUUCUUUAGUUAGAUAUCAUGAAUGUGAUUUUAUAUUAGCACACCCGAUUGAUCAAAAGUUAACUGAUUUUAUGUCAAGUGAAAAACCGUUAACAUGUUUGGUUAGAGCAGGUAGUGUUAAUCUCCCAAACAAUUUAUUUGAAAAAGUUAGGAGUAUGCCCGAAUAUGAAGAUAUACAUAUAAUAGAUGAUGAGAAUGAAAAAAAUGAUGAUAUAUAUGAUGUAAUGUAUAAUCAAUGUAAUACGAUAUUCAAUACAUCUGAUAAAAUAUUGAACACACAAAAUAAUUUUUCUUUUAAAAAGGAUAAUUCAACGGACCACUUAAAUUUGAUGUAUCCUAUAAACUCUCAUAUGGAAGAAAGUAGCAUUGAUAAAUAUAUAAAAAAUUUUGAAACCCAUACAAGUGUUCAUAACAAAGAAGAAGAACAAAACAUGAUAGGGUAUAAUAAUUCAAAUAGUAAUACAAAGUUGAAGCAAGAGUUUAAAGAAUACAACAAUAAAAUGUUUUUAGAAAUGAAUAAAGAAAAUAAUGAGCAAUUAGAUACUAGAGUAAAUAGAAAUUAUACUAAUAAAGAAGAAAAAUAUGAAACAUAUGAUAAAAAAUAUGAUAAAAAAUAUGAUAAAAAUGAUAAUUUUAUAGGAUAUAAAAAAGGUCAAGAUGAUGAUACCAUAUCUUAUAAUAAACAUUUUAGUGAUAAUAUAUUGAGUAAUGUUACUUCGAAUCGUUUUACUUCCAACAUUUCUUGUUAUGAUGAUAAUAUGGAUAUUAAAACAAAGAAUUCAAAUGAAUUUCAUAUAAAUGGAAUAAAGAGAAAGAGUGUAUCACACAAUAUAAGUAAUGUAUCCACUUCUCCUUGUAGCGAUUUUUUUAAAUAUUUUAGAUUUGAAGAAGGCAUAUUUCAUGACAACAAAAGGGAUGAUAAUGUAUAUAUGAUAAAUAAUAAUGAAGAUAUAUUAGAGCAUGAUUCGGGUGUAGGUAAGAAUGAAAAAUAUAAUAUCCACACAGAUAAACAUAACAACAAAAACAACAACAACAAUAAUAAUAAUAAUAAAAGUUAUACUUGUUUUGGAACCAGUCCUGUCAAUUUCUUUAAACCUUUUAAUAAAGACAAGGUAGAUGUGUCAUCACAGACUGAUAAUAAUCAUGAAGACAUUUUUUUAAAUAAUAUAAUUCAUCAUGAGAAUAUGAAAAAUCUAGAAAUUAUAUGGAAUAAUGAUGAGCAGAAAUUGAAGGGGGAAUCAUUUCUUCUUUUCUUAAAAAAUCAAAUAAAAAUGUAUAAAAAAGAAUUAAUUAUAAAAAAUGAUGAAAUAAAAAGUAUGAAAAAUAUACACAAGAAAAAUAUAGAUGAUAUAAUAUCAUCUCAUAUAUUAGAAAUAUCAAAACUUAAAGAAAAACAUCAAGCAGAUAUUUUUUUUCUAAAAAAUCAGCACUUAGAAAAUAUAGUAAGUGUAAGAAAAAAUUUUGAAUCGAAAUUAAAUCAUAUAGAGGAAGAUCUUCUUUUAGAUCUGGAUAUUCUUUAUAAGGAAAAUAAUGGUAAUACAUUAAAUGAACAAAUUAAUGAAAUAAUUAUAAGAGAACAAAAUGAAAGAGAAAAAUAUGGACUAGACAAACACAUUGAUAAUUUCUUGAAUGAUAAUAAGAUGAAUAAAUGGGAUAUGACUAAUAAUAUGGACAAGUCUAUUGAUCAUAUAAAUAAUAAUGAUAAGAGUAACGAUCAUUAUAAAAAUAAUAGUAAUGAUCAUUAUGAUAAUAAUAAUAGUAAUGAUCAUUAUAAUAAUAAUAGUAAUGAUCAUUAUGAUAAUAAUAAUAGUAAUGAUCAUUAUAAUAAUAAUACUUUAAAAUAUUCAGAUAGAACAAAUAACAUAACGGAUGAUAAUCAUAUAGAAAUAAAACAUAAUAAUAAUCUUAUGAUAUAUGAAAAGGAUACAAUAAAGGAGCACAUAUCAAUUAAUGAUAUAUUAUAUAAUAAUAAUUCAAAUAAAAUAAUUAGAAAUAAUAAGGAUAUAUUCCUUAAAAAUGGAGAACAUAAUUUAAAAAACAAUGUUAUGAUUCCACAUGAGUUAGAUAACCCACUUAAGAAACUGAAAUUUAUGUUGAGUCAAAAAAAUAAAGAACAUGAAGAAAACAAUAAAUAUAUAAAAGAAGAAAUGACUCAUCUUAAGCAAAUAUAUAACCAAGUAUUCUUAGAAAAAAACAAAGAAUACAAUGAAAUAUAUGUUAACAAUAAAAUAUUUUAUGAUAUACUAGAAUAUAUUAAAAAGGAAAACAACUAUGUUCGAGAUGAUAUAUUUAAUAAGAAUAAUGAACAUUAUAGUAUAGAAAAAAUUAAGAAAAGCAUAUAUGAUAUUAUAAUAAAAAAUAAUAAAGAAAGAAAAAUAUAUUUGAAGGGGAAGAAAAAAGAAGAAAAAGAUAUAGUUAAGGAAUUAGAUGAAAAUUGGUUAAUUAAUUUGUUAAUAUAUAUGAACUGUUUAUUACAAUUAGAACGGAUAAGAUUAGAAGAUAUGAAAAUUAAAGAAGAAAGAGAUAUUGAUAUGUAUAAUUAUAUGAAAAAUAAAAAUAUUAAAAAAAAAGAUAAUUAUUUAUUUUUAUUAAAUAACGACAUGAAAAAAAAAGAAUUAAGAAAUGAUACAAAUGAUAUAUCAAGCAACGAAUUAUAUAUUUUAGAAAAUGAGAUGGAUACAAAUGAAAAAAUAAAAAUGUUGAAAGAAAGAAAUAGAAAGUUAUUAUCUCUAAAUGAAUUUUAUAAAAAGAAAUUAGAACAUAUACAAAUAUGGAAAACAAAACUGGAGAUUAUGAAAACAAAUAAAUAUAAUCAAGUUGUUCUUAAUGAAAAUAAUAUUGAUAAUAAAGAAAAUAUUUUUUUAAAAAAAUAUAAAUGUGAUGAUGAUAAAAGCGUUACAACAAAUGAUAUGGAGAAUACACAUAAUAAUAAUAAUAAUAAUAAUAAUAAUAACAAUAAUAUUUAUAAUAACAUUUAUAAUAAUAUUUAUAAUUAUAGUAAUAAUUUGAGUGGAUUUACAUCCAUAUGGUUACCACUUAUAUAUUUAAAACCCGUGGAGGAAGAAAACAAAAGAGAUGCCGAAUUAAUGUACCUUUUAAAAAUGUUAGAUAGAUAUGAUAAUGAAAAUAAGAAAAAUGGUAUAUGGUCUUCUAACAAUGAAGAGAAUGAUAAUAAUAUAAAUGAUGCAAAAAUUUUGAGUGAUACAAAAAUUAUGAAUGAUAUAUAUCAUAAUAAUAGUAAUAAUAUUUUUAAUUUUCCUUAUAAUUUUGACGAUGAAUAUAUUUCAUGUCUUAAGACAGAUAAUAGGAAAUGCACUGAUAAAAAUUAUAAUGAUAAAGAAAAUACAAAUUAUAGAAAUAUAAAUAAAGAAGAUAGAGAAAAUGAAUUUAUAUACGCUCCAUAUAAUCUUUUAAAUGUUUUAAAAAAAAAACUUACAUAUAUAUUUUGGCAGCUUCUAGGUGAUAUUUAUAAAUAUCGUAAUGUUAUAAUAGAAACAUGUAACUAUAUAUAUAAUAUACAUAAUUUAUUCAAUGAGUAUAUAAAUAAAUAUGAAAAAGAUGAAAAGAAAAAGGAAGAAUCUUAUAAUAAAUGUAUGAAGGAUAAAGAAGAUGAUUAUUUAAAUGAAAAAUAUAACUUAAGAGAAAUUAUAGGAAUAACAAAAUUAAAAUUGGAAAUAUGUACUAAUGAAUAUAUUGAAUUAAAAGAAAAUUAUGAUAAAGAAAAAAAACGUUUAAUUAUUUUAACAAAUACAUGUUAUGAAAAUGAAAGUAUGAAAUAUAAAAAUACCAUACAACAAUUUAAAAAUGUAGAUAAACAAUUAAAAAUAUAUAAAGCCAGAGAAAAAAAAUGGAUCAAUUUAAUUGAAUUAUUAAUAUUAGAAUUAAAGAAUUCCUCAAAAAAAAAUCAAGAAGAUAUUAAAAAUAUGUGGCUAGAAAUUAUAUCUACUAAAAAAGAUAUAAUCAAUAAUAUAUGUAUGGAAAAUAAUAAUUCUGAUGAUUAUUUAAUAAUUGACAAGGAAGAUCAACAAAAAUGUAACCAUUUAAUAAAUGAACAAAAUGUCGUCAUUGAGAGUAUAAAUAAAGAUAUAGAUGAAAAUAAUUUUUGUUUUGAAUAUAAUCAUGAUAAACCCAAUAUGGAUAAUCAUAAUAAUAAUAAUAAUAAUAAUAUUAUAAAAAAUCUGGAUGAUCUUAUAAGAAAAUCUAAAACACAGCAAGAAGAGAAUAGAAAAAAAAAACUUCCAUUGAAAAAAGAACAAAAUGAUAAAAUCAAUAUUUAUAAAAAAGAUUUUCAUUGUUUUUUAGAUGACAUAAUAAAAAGUGAAGUCUUUCAAUUUUAUUCAUUUGAAGAAUCAAAUAAUUUUAUAAGAAAUAAGAUAAAUGCACAUAUUGAUAAUAAUACAUCUUUUAAUAUCAAUACGAAUGAAUAUUAUGGAAACAGUAAUGAGAUGUAUAUAUUUAAAGAAAAUAUGGAAGACUACAAUAUAUAUUAUAAUAAAAAAAUAAAUCAUCUAUAUAAUAAUUAUAUUGUGAAUAAUUAUAAUAAUGAUGAUAUAAAAGAUGAUCCUAACAAUAAUAAUAAUAAUAAUAAUAAUAAUAAUAAUACACAUAUACAUACACAUAAUACAAACAAACACUCAUUAAAUAAAAUAAAAGAUAAAUUUUAUGAAGGAAAAGAUUUUUUCAACUUAGUAAGUGCCAUGGCAAAAGAAUCAUGUCUUAUAUUUCAAAUAUUAUUAAAAAUAAAAGAAGAUGAUAUAAAAGAAAAAACAGAAAAAAUAACAUCAUUAGAAAAAAAAUUAUAUUUAUUAAAACAAUAUAAUAUAAAUGAAAAAAAUAAAAAUAAAUUAUUAUUAGAGAAACAGGAAAUAUUAAUACAUAAAAUAAAGACAUUAAAUAUUGAUAUACAUAAAUUACAAACAUAUAUAUCAUCUAUAAAUAAAGAAAAACAAUAUUUAAAAACUCAUAACAUAACAAAAGAACAAGAACUCAAUUUAAUUAUCACAUAUUAUAAAAGUAUUAUUAUAUCUAUUAAAAAACAUUUAAAUAAAUAUUCAACUGUUCUAUAUCUAUUAGAUAAUAUACCUCAACAUGAUAAAGAUAUUAUUCUUAAUUUAGCAAAUAUCACUGAUGAAAAAUAUAAUAAUUUUAAAUUCUCAUUUGAUAAACAACAAAAGGAUCAAUUAAAAAAAAAAAAAAAAAAAAAUGAAUUCAACGACGAAACAUCUGACUAUUCUCUUCAACAAGCAAAUUUACAACUAUUAAAGGAUAAAUCAUUGAAUGAAAAUAUUAUCACAGUUGAUGAUAAUAAUGAGCACUUGUCAGAUACAUCCCUGGAGGAUAUAAUUAAAAAUACACAAUAUAAUUAA